UCCCACUUCCGCUCAAAUCGAAACUUACUUGAGUUUACGGCAAGAAGAAGAAGAGGAAGAAGAAAAAGAAGAAGAAACAGAAGAAGGAGAAGAGUGAGCAGACCCAGACCCGCCUUAGACCCGGACCCAUCCAGACCCGGUUCUGUUUAAAAACAUCAUGAAGACCUUCGUGUUUGUCCUGACUCUGAUACACGUUUCCCAUCAUGCCUCAGUGCUGGUGCAGGUAUCUGAGGGGGGGUCGGCCCUCCUCCCCUGUUCUUCUUCGAAGCCUCUCUCUGACGGCGCCGUGGUGGAGUGGCUCCGGGACACGCCCCCCCUCACCGUCCACAUCCGCCGCAGCGACCGCGACCAGCCGUCCGAACAGGACAGGCUGUACCAACGCCGCACCGCCAUGAAGGCCGACGCCUACAAGAGCAGAGACCUGAGCCUGACCCUGAACGACACCACCAUCUUUGACAAAGGAGUCUACAUCUGCUCUGUGACGGACGGAAGCAAACUACCAGACCAGGAGGUGGAGCUGAAGGUCCACCUGAAGGACGAUGCAAUCUCCAGACGUCUGUCUGAUCUGAGGGACGCUGUCAUCGUAGUGGGCGUGUUCACGGGCAUCGGCUUCAUUGGAGGAAGUGGAUACCUGCUGUACAAAAAAUACACAAAAGGAUCUACACGGGGUGGAAACAUAUGACAUCAGCUGACUCAUGUGUGAGGAUGAAGAGGAGCAGGAGGUUUCCAUGACAACGCAUGCCUGAGGACAAACACACACACACACACACACACACACACACACACACACACACACACACACAGUCAGCUGAUUCACAUGUUGAUAUUCUGUCCUUAUCCACUGAAGACUGAAGGUCUGGGUUUGGUCUGGGUUUGGUUUGGGUUUGGUCUGGGUUUGGUUUGGGUUUGGUCUGGGUUUGGUCUGGGUUUGGUCUGGGUUUGGUAUGGGUUUGGUUUGGGUUUGGUCUGGGUUUGG